AUGACAGAACUAGCACUGAAGCAUCUACAUCCAUGUUGGACAUUGACAUCUUUUGAUGAAGUUGAAGAGGAAGAAAUUGGUACAUUUGAAAGAUCACUUCUAACCUGUUCUAUGCCACAUAACUUGCGUGUCAGAUCUGUUGUGAAGGUUAUGAAUCCAUAUUUAUGGUGCUGUUAUCAGCUGAAAAAAGCAGAAUAUAUGAACCGAUAUGGCAGUGUUAGGGAAAUAACUCUGUAUCAUGCUACAAGUGAAAGUAACGUUGACUCUAUAAUUAAGAGCAACUUGGAUUGGAGACGCUCAUGGCGAAUCAAAUUUGGCCAAGGUGUUAGUUUCAGUCCAUCACCCAGUUAUGCCAAUACAUAUUGUAACAGGAGCAGUGGUAUUUAUAGAGCAAUGAUUGCUGUAAAGGUACUAGUUCACACUACUUCACUAGGUGGUAGUUCAACAAUAUUGCCCCCAAAAGGUAUUGAUACAACUGUUGGAAAUCGUGGGCAGGUUUAUGUUAAGUAUUGUGACAAUGAAUUUUACCCAGAACAUGUCAUUUACUAUACAAUCUGA